AUGGAAUCUAGAAAGAGAACAAGUGAGGUAACAAACCUGCAGGACCAAUGGGCAUAUUCACUCAAGAAAAACCGGCAAGAUCAGACAUAUAAGACAAUUAUCAUCACCUUAGAUGGAAAUCACUGGAAAACUGGAAAAAUGAAAUAUACGCUCACACAUAAGAAGACAGAGAGCUUGUAUGCAGCACUCAACACUCUCAGUGCUGUCAAAGAAAGUCAACAGGGCAAAGAAAUGCUGGUGUAUGGCAAAGAAGGAAUCAAAGGGUACAUAAACCCUGGCAUGCCCCUCUGCUGUUUUCCAGAAAACAGCCACGUGGUCAUUACAUUUUCUAAAACAGAAAAAGAACAGAGAGAAGAUAAGCAAGUGUAUGGUUCUCAGGACCAUGUGUGUAUUGACUGCGUGAAAUUUUAUAUUCAUGCAGUUGGGAAGAGGAAUGAAAGAAUUCUCAAGUUUAGAGAACUUCACCAUGAGGGGAACAAACUCUGUGUGUAUGGCUUCAAGGGAGACACCAUUAAAGAAACUCUGAGGAAGGAUGGCAGGUUUUACUCCUUUGUAGAGAGUGACCAUUGGAAGCUCAUUAAAGACUUGGACACCAUCAUAGAAAACACGCAACCAGUUGAUGAAUUAGAGGGCAAGCUCUUUCAGGUGGAGCUUGAGAGAAUAAAAUGUCCUCAGGCAGCAGACCCCACUGAUUUAGAGAAGCCAUCCUAUAGGAAGCUGAAAGAAUACAUUGUAGAUGAAUAUCCCACACUGAAGAGAGAGUAUGAAAAACUUAGAGCGUACAUCAAGGAAGAAAGUAAAGGAACUUCCUCAUUUGAAAUGCAUAAAGAUAACUUCAGGAAACUGACCAAAAACUCCACCCCAACUAAAGUGCUCAAACUUCUUUCACAGUUCAGUGACUCGGUUGGGCUCAUUGUUUGGAACAACGAGGGAAAUGAGGGUUGUGCUACCUGCUUUGUUUUUACAGGGCUGUACAUUUUCACUUGCCGGCAUGUGAUCAGUGACAUCAUGGGUGAAGGUAUAGAGCAAAGUAAGUGGACAGAUAAAAUUAGUCAAUGUGUGAAAGUCACAUUUGAUUAUGAAGAGUUCCUGGCAAAACAAGACACCUCCUUCUUUUUCGUUGAGCCCUGGUUUGAGAUAUCUGAUAACAUCAUUGACUAUGCUGUCCUGAAACUGAAGAAAAAUGGACAAGAACCUGCAGGGUUGUAUAAUGGAAUAGCCCCUGUACCGUCCAGUGGGUUGAUAUAUAUCAUUGGUCAUCCUGAUGUAAAACAGAAGCUUAGUGACGGCUGUGCUGUGAUUUCUCAAGAUGAGCACAUGCAGGAAAGAGAAGUAGUAGAGGGCAGCAAUACAAUGCAAUAUAUCUAUAUAUACACCCAAAGAAGUUUCCAAGAAACAGGUCAUGAACCUGGUGUGGUUACCUGUGACAACACUUUUUACUGUGGAUCUUCUGGAUCUCCUAUAUUUGAUUCUAAAGGGUCACUGGUAGCCAUGCACACUGCUGGCUUCAUUUGUGAGUAUGAAAAUGGUGUUUCCAGUAUCGUAGAGUUUGGAUCUUCUAUAAAAUGCAUCCUCAGUGAUAUUAAACAAAAGCAUAAAACAUGGUAUGAUGAGGAAUGUGUAAAUCAGCAGGAUGUAGAAAUGAAUAGUCAAGAUUGUUGGGGACUGGAGAGAAUCUAA